GUGGUGGUAGGGACAGGGAGUGUGUGUCCAUGGAUGGUUACUGCUCCCCACUACAUGGCUGUAUUACAGAGCCCUCUGACAGCUCCACCACUGACAGCCCGAAUGACAAGGUGCCUCUGACUGGGCAACUAGUGAUGAGUCAUGCCGACUUUGUAAAAUCGGCCUUGGGUUCUGAGCCACAAAGUAUGGGUAAAACUGAGGAGCUGUCAAUCACUGAGCCACCAGAUCCCACUGCCCCUGCCUUUUCUCUCAGUGAUGUAGUCACCGGAAAGCCUCGUAUUCUAAGAGGUAGUCCGGAUAAUGAGUUUGCAGAGAGACUGAUAAAGAGUAGGAAACCGGUGGUCGUGAAGAACUCGGUCGUGUCUUUGUGGGCAGCAAUGGAUAAAUGGAACUUUUCCUACCUGGCAAACAACAUGGGGACAGAGAUACUAGAACAAGUCAAGUGUACUGACAACUACCUCAGUUUUGACCCGGACAGAACAGCACCGCUGAAGCUCUCAAUUGCUCUCCCGUUCACCGAACGAAACAUGUCCACCUCGUCUUUUUUUUCCUGUAUCCAGGAUCCAUCUGUGUGUUUGGACGGCAUGCUAGGUCACUACUACUUUGGCAGCGUCCCCGAGUCACUCCGGGGGGACUUGAACUCCACUAGAAGUCUCUACAGAACAGAGAAGGACUUCAAGGCGGGUAGACAGUUCCUGUGGAUCUCCUCGGCUGGGAUGAUCACUCACGGCCACUUUGAUCAGGACUACAACUUUUUCGUCCAGCUCAGGGGGAGGAAACGGUUCACUCUGUGGUCUCCGUCGCAGCACGAGCUCCUCUGCAUGUACCCCCGUGUCCACCCGCUGUGGCACAAAUCCCGGGUCAACUUCAGGGCCCCAGAUUUGUCUAGGUUCCCCAAACUUUGCCAAGUCCAGAGCCCUGCAGGUUGUGCUGGGACCAGGUGAUGUUCUGUAUGUUCCUCCCUACACGUGGCACUACGUGGAGACUCUCUCUCCCUCCGUCUCUCUCUCCACCUGGUCACAUGACUAUGACCUCUAUGACCACAUGAACGCUAUCUACAGACACGACCACAAGUUUGACUUGAUCAAGGAUCCCAGAGGUCAGAUGUUUGCUCUGAGACUGUACCUGGACAUGAUGAUCCACGAUCUCUACGGCUACAACCAGACGUCCAGUUUCUUCAUCAGCCUCCUCUCCACCAGGUUCAAAGGUCUCCACCACCUCUUCCCUCCCUCCCCAAGUGACGUGGGCAUUUGUUCGGCGACAGUGGAGAACAAGAUCCCAACUUGUGUCCACAUACACGGCUACGUCAAGCUGGACAUGGCAGUGAUUGGAGCACAUUUCAAGGCCCUCCGGCCAGAGGUCAUGGACAUUCUGUUUGCAGACUAUGUGGAGGAGGUUACAGCUCAGGUUGUUGGGGUUCGACGGAUGCUGGCCUUCUUUCGCUAUUGCUUCCUGGCCAGUCAGGAGUACCAUGUGACUCAACUAGGGGACAAGGAGCACGAUCUCUGGGACCAUAAGGACCCUCCAGAAGAAGACGGCGCAAUGUUUUGAUACCAAUUAUGCAUUACCUUUAUGACUGUCACUAUGAAUGCACUAAAGAAUCUUGCCAGCCACACUGUGACUCAUUUCCACCAGAGAGAUACCAACGUGGAUCCACCUACUGCAGCUGGAAACCACCAUUAGCUUAGAUAAGGAGAGAAGUUUGUCUGGAGGUUGCAUCUGUGGAAU